AUGCACUUGCGGAACAAACAGGUUGAUGUGGAUCCAUGUUGUCCAGUUUGCGGGGAGGAGGACGAGACGAUUGAGCAUCUCUUCCUUCGUUGUCAUGUCUCCAGGAGCUGUUGGUUUGUCAAGCUCGGGGUAAGGAUUGAUCCAGGUACACUCUUCACUGAUUUCAUGCGCGAGGUGCUCCAACAGCGGGAUAGUUGGGUUGUGGCUGAGGUGCAAAACAUGAUAUAUUGUUUGUGGGAGGCAAGAAACCGGUGGCUGUUUGAGGAGAGAAAGUUUGACUUUGCAAUGGUAAUUGCUCGCACCCAAACGUUGGGGAUAGUGGCUCCGGUCACAGCUAAUGCAGGUGAGGAGCCGCGACAUGGAAAGGCUACUUGGAGUAGACCAGCAGCUUCAGUUAUUAAGGUUAAUGUCGAUGCCUCAAUGGGGAGGGAUAAUCUAGCUGGUUUCGGGUUUGUGGCUCGUGAUGGUGACGGAGAAAUUCUUGCAGCAGGAUCGAAGUACCCAUCGGUGGCAUCGUCCUCAACUAUAGCAGAAGCUCUUGGCCUCCGGUGGGUGAUGGAGAUUUCUUCCCAGUUGGGGUUCCGACGAGUUCAGUUCGAGACGGACUCUUUGCAGUUGUACUACGCUUGGAAGAAAGGCACGGGGAGAUCUGUUCUUUUUUCUGUUAUUCAUGACUGUAUUAGUUUUUUGAGUUUAUUUGACUUUGUUGAUUUAUCCUUUGUCCGUAGACAAGGAAAUGCUUGCGCUGAUUUCAUGGCCCGGAACGCCUCUACCCUUUCCGAUGUGAUUUGGAUAGAGGAGGGCCCUCCGGGUUUAUUUUGCCUCUUGCAGGCGGAUCUUUUGGCUUCUGUGCCAGUUUUGAGUUGA